AUGGCGGAAGCAGCAGCCGCACCCACACAGCCGGUAGAGAAGGUUUCGGAGGUGAUAAAAAACUAUAGAGCUUCGAAAGCAUUUAGAGGCAAUCCCAAGUCCGAUAAGCAAGUAAACGUCACUUCGCUUGAUUUCGAUGAUCAAGGCGACUACCUAGUUGCGUCGGGCGACGAUGAGAUGAUCCAGGUUUUCGAUAUCAAGGAAGGGAAAGCUACAAAGACCGUCCCUAGCAAGAAAUAUGGCGUGCACCUUGCUAGGUUCACUCACCAUUCACGGCAGAUUCUCCAUGCUAGUACGAAGCUCGAUGAUUCACUCCGACUUCUCGAUCUACACAACGAAAGCUACCUUCGAUAUUUUACGGGCCACACAGAUAAAGUGACUUCUCUCGCUCUAUCUCCAGGGUCGGACGCAUUUCUCUCUUGCUCGAAAGACGAUACCGUUGCCUUUUGGGAUCUUAAUUCGAGAAAUGCCCAGGGUAAGCUUAAGUUAGCAACCCCGUACCUGGCAGCUUUCGACCCGUCCGGAAGUGUCAUAGCCAUUGCUUCCCAAUCUACUUCUUUUGUCCUUCUAUAUGAUUUUCGAAACUACGACAAGGCACCUUUUGCUUCCUUUGAUCUCUCUCCUCUCGAGGAUAGGUAUACCCCAACCACCAAGGGUCGUGCUUGGACCCGUCUUGAAUUUUCGAACGAUGGGAAGAGUCUACUCAUCGGAACUGACUACCACGGGCACUUCGUUCUUGAUGCGUUUGAGGGUCAUCUGAAAGCCUUUUUGGUUGGUAAACAAGGGCCGACCGGCCGUGCCGCACCGGUUUCUACGACCGGGAAGCCCCCUGGUCAGGGGGACGUAUGUCUCACUCCAGAUGGGCGUUAUGCAAUAGGAGGCGCGGGAGAACAGCCCGAUACAUUGGUUUGGGAUUUGCAUCAAUCUCCAGAUGCGAGAUUGCUUCUUGAACCAAUGACUCACUUGCCUUAUUAUCGAUCAAGGACCGUUCUUGUGCAAACAAACCCAAGAUACAAUAUGUUUGCUACUGCGGAUAAGGAAAUCGUAUUCUGGUUGCCAGAAGACGGUACAAAGACCCCAGAGAAAUGA